AUGAUCAAUGACGCUGGUGUACAAGAACUUUGUGAUCGUCUUACUGCUUCUCAUCAAGCCGUACUUGCUUCACUUAAUAGCAUGGGUAGUUUUCCAUUGAUAAAUGCUCCAACGACAUUAGACUAUGGAGCUCGAUUUUCAAAUGAAGAAUCAAAUAUUUUUGGUCUUGUCGCUCUUCAAGCACCUAAUGCUAUAUUACCGAUACAGGGCUGGCAUUUCUCAUUUUUCCAAUGUGGUUUAUGAAAGUCCAAACGGAGUACAUUAUCUGUAUCCUAAAAUAAAGGAUUUAAUUGAGAAAACCGAUGAAAUAAAACUUCUUUUGUAGGAAACAACACAAUAUUUCACCAUUUUUAUAAUUGGACUAGCUGUAUUGUUCGUUUUCUCUCAGUAAGCAUUAUGCUAGUUAAUUCAUACCUGUAACACUCUCGAAUGAGUCUAUUACGUAUCAUUAUAUACUGUCACUGUUGUGUGGGCUGAUUGUUUCUAUAUGCUGUCUAGCUUUAUCACAUCAUCAGCUGUUAUUGUAUAUAUUACUCUUUCUUCUUAUACAUUCAUAUAAUACCAAUAACUGUGUCAUCUGCUGUGUCUCAUCGUGUUCAGUUUAUCUUUCCUAGUUAUAUAAGCACAUAUCUUUAAUUAGUCUUGCGCACGCUUUUAUUCUGAUCAAUGUUCAAUGUUCGCUCUUUUUCUCGCUAUGAUAUCUAUUCUGUUCCUCUCACGUUCUACGCUGAGUAUAUAAAUAGUAGACGAGGAAGAACAAAUUAAUUGUGGUGCGCUGACUACAUGUGACAUACAUAAAAAGUCCAUGUGACUAGUAUGUGGUUAGUCAGUAUGCAUGGGGAGCAUAAGUGAUUAAGCGAGAGAAACUCUGAGUCAGGCUGACCUUCUGUCCAGAGCUGCAGCUAGUAAUAGUUGUAGGAAAAACAUCGGGCUUUCGAAACUGUCCUUGGACAGCACCCUAUACUGAAAGGUAGCCGAAAGGCAAGGGUAUUCUUCUUCUUCUUCUAAUUGUGGUGUGGAACAAGCUCUAAAAUCGUUGCAAUACCUUUAAAAUUGAAAACAAUAUAAUCAAUAAAAAGAAAUACAAAAUUGUACAUUAAUACAUGCUCGACAUUGUAUCUGGUAGAGCAAAGGCCUAUUCGUAAAGUUAUGUUUUUCUGUACGUCGAACAAAUUUAAUUAAUUCAGGCUCAUUUUAUACAACUAAAAAACAUUCAUUACACUUCAUCUGGCAAUUCAAUCUUAUUUGUAGUUCAGCAGCAAUAGUUUCAACUAGUAUUGAAUUUUGAUUAGGUGUCCAUGCAUGCUUCAUAUGAUUAAAUUCAUCUUCUAUAAAAGUAUUAGAACAAGGAAUAGAAUAAACAAAAGAAAUUAAUUUUAUUAAUUCUUGACAGUUGGUCGUUGUUUUUAAGAUCAAAUAAGCCCGAAGUUGAUCCGAUCGAAUUCUAGAAUGGUCAGUUUGAUGAUUUGGUGUUGAUGUCUAUGAGCAAAUCCUUCUUCUUUAUCUGUUUCUUCAAUUUCAUCGAAAUUACGACUACGAACAUCUCUUUGCACCUGAUCAAUUUCGAUGAUUCAUAAAAUCAUAGGAAUUUUUUUAUCACUUCGUGCUUAGCCAUAAAAAAUAUACCGAAAAUAGAUAAGGAUGUGGGUGUGGGUCGGGAUAUGUGCGUCUAGGUAUUAUGUCCUACAUUUAUCCACACCCACACCCCACCCCCCCCCCCCCCCCCCCCCCCUCCACCC